AUGGCGAAAAGCUCUCUUGAUUAUAGUCCUUUGCUUUCUAAACAAGGUGGUGAAACUGAUUAUGGCUAUGUCAGAAAGAUAUCACCUUCUGUUGUUUCAGCUACAAAAUGGACUCUUAGGAUUUUGAUUUUUAUAGUCUUUGUUUUAUGGGGUGCUUUCAUUUUUCUGUUACCAUCGGAACCUGUUUAUAAAUUGUUCACAAAAUGGCUUCGUUUCAGCCGUGGAACUUCCUAUGGAAUCACAGGAAGCAUUUUGAUGAGCCACAGUGUUCCAGUUCUUGCAAUUGCAUUUCUAGCCAUUGCACACCUGAUUAUUUCUGGGGAGGAUCAGCUUCCUGAGAAGAAGAGUUCCAAGUAUCCAAGAUUUCGCCUAUGGACUUUUCCUCUGCUUAUCAAUGGACCAUUUGGGGUGGUUUCUGCUACAGAGUUCAUUGGGAUUGUCAUUUUUGUAGCAUAUGUUAUUUGGGCUUUCUCUACUUAUGCUAUGCAGGCUCUUGCAAAUAUGUCUGAUCAGUUGUCUUUUAGAGCCCUGAGCUUGCGCAUGUUGGAUAUUAUGGGACUUCGUUUGGGUGCAAUUGGAUUAGUGUGCUUGGCGUUUUUAUUUCUUCCGAUUUCACGGGGAUCGGUUCUUCUCCGCUUUAUAGAUAUCCCUUUUGAACAUGCUACAAAAUAUCAUGUAUGGCUAGGACACCUCACAAUGGUGCUUUUUACUCUCCAUGGACUCUUCUAUGCUAUUGAGUGGCUAAUGGAAGGUCGACUAAUUCGAGAAUUAGUAGAAUGGAAAGAUAUCGGUGUUGCCAAUCUUGCAGGAGUUAUCAGCCUUGUAGCUGGUUUGUUGAUGUGGGUGACCUCACUUCCUGGAGUACGAAAGUGGAAUUUCGAGUUGUUUUUCUACACUCACCAAUUAUACAUAAUCUUUAUCGUCUUUAUGGCUUUACAUAUCGGCGACUUUAUUUUCGCUAUGGCCGCGGGACCAAUAUUUCUUUUUGUGCUCGACCGUUUCCUGAGGUUCUGCCAAUCAAGAAAGACAGUUAAUGUUAUCUCGUCGAGGUGCCUUCCGUGCGGUACUGUGGAAAUGGUUCUAUCAAAACCUCAAAAUUUGAGAUACAAUGCGCUAAGCUUCAUUUUCCUUCAAGUUCGGGAAUUAUCGUGGCUGCAGUGGCAUCCAUUCAGUGUUUCUUCUAGCCCUUUGGAUGGAAAUAAUCACAUUGCUGUUCUCAUAAAGGUUCUAGGAAAAUGGACAGGGAGAUUAAGAGAAACAAUCACUAAUGUUGAUGCACCAGAGGAUUUAUCGGUUAAGCCUAAUACCGUGGUAACAGCUUCUGUUGAGGGGCCGUAUGGACAUGAAGUACCAUACCAUUUGAUGUACGAAAAUCUUAUAUUAGUGGCUGGUGGUAUUGGACUUUCGCCUUUCCUUGCUAUAUUGAGCGAUAUUCUCCACCGUGUGAGGGAGGGGAAACCUUGUAGACCAAGAAAUGUUUUAAUUGUUUGGGCAGUGAAAAAAUCAAAUGAGCUUCCACUUCUUUCGACCGUCGACAUGGAAACAAUCUGUCCAAACUUUUCUGAUAAAGUGAAUAUCAAUGUACAUAUUUUCGUCACUCGAGAAUCAGAUCCUCCAUUGGAAGAGGGAUACGUUUUCAAACCGAUAAAAUCUUCACUAUGUCCCUUUCCAAUGCCUAGUGAUUAUGGAAUGUCUGGUUUGGUUGGUACAGGAAACAAUGUUUGGUCAGGACUAUAUGUCAUUUCAUCUACCUUGGGCUUUGUGAUCUUAUUUGCUUUGUUGAAUAUUUUCUAUAUAAAUCCAUUUGGUGUGUAUAAAUGGUGGUACAAAGGGUUACUAUUUGUAAUCUGCAUGGUUGCAAGUGUCGUUAUCUUUGGUGGCAUAGUGGUUGGAUUUUGGCAUAUGUGGGAAAAGCAAAGUUCUCUCAAAGAUAAUUCCAAUAACAUCAAGGUUGAUAAAAUCGAGCAAAACGGCUCCGCAGCUUCCAAGGAUCCAAGUCCAGACAAUCUUACAAAGUUAACCGAUGUUCAAUAUGGUUCUAGGCCAGACUUUAAAGAGAUUUUUGAAUUGAUGUCAGAGAAAUGGGGCCAUGUUGAUGUUGGUGUUAUAGUUUGUGGUCCUCCAACUCUUCAAACAAGUGUUGCACAAGAAAUCAGGUCACAUAGUUUGACAAGACAAACUUAUCAUCCCAUCUUCCAUUUUCACAGUCAUAGCUUUGAUCUUUAG